CUUUGAAGAGUACAUAUAAGCUUGAUCCUCUAGCAGCGACAGCGUUGGAGCAGAUUGUAUUAUUAGCAGCAUCUCGUUCCCGAUCGAUCUUAUAGCCAUGACGACGACGACAAAGGUGGCCGCGGGAGCCGGGCGGGACGCGGAGGAGGGGAUGAGGCGGAGGAACGCCGAGCUCGAGAGGGCGGUCGCGGAGGCGGCGGCGAGGGAGGAGCGGCUGCGGCGGGAGCUGGAGACGGCCCUGGCGCGGCUGGCCGUGGCCGAGGAGGCCGAGGAGCGCCUGUGCGUCCAGCUCGGCGAGCUGGAGGCCGAAGCCAUGGAGCAGGCCGUCGAGUACCAGGAGCGCGUCAGGGCGCUGUCCGACCGCCUCGCCUUCGUCGACGGCGUGCUCAGGUCGUCCGGGGUCCGGGGCUUCGCCGCCGCCGGCGGCGUAACGAGCAUGGAUUCAUCGAGCUGAGCGGUCAUCGGUGUGUUAUAUAUAAUCUAAUCUAAGGCAGAGCUGGGUGCUCCGAAGGAUCGACGUAUACGGGUAUUGUUGUUAUCUACGGCUUGUUGUAUUGUAUGUCCCUCGAUUACACACCAAAUCACUCCGACAUCCAAACAAUAUCUAAACAAGUAUGUACAGUUCCACGUUGAUUCAUGUGUGACGUGUGUUUAUUGUCCGGAGUUGUAAAUUAGCUUGAGGAGAUUGAUUCUUUUCGUAACCAGGUGCUGUUUGGUUCACGAAAUGUAAUGUAAAGGGUAAUGGUAAUGGUUUACACUCGAUUACGGGCGGUAAC